CUCUGAGUGGCCGCGGCGGUCGCGAGACUCUCGUAUUGCGAAUCAGCGUGCUACGUCUGUGAUUUCGUGGUGCGGUUUACGCCAUGCGCGACAAACCAAAGUAAUCGAGUUUCUUCUUUUCCCCUUUGGAUUUCUCUUUGGAUUUUUCCCUGUGUCUCUCCCUUUUUCGCGGACCGUAUACAGGCUUGGCCCACGUUUGUGUGUACUGUUUCAACAUUGUGCGCUAACGGCCUUUCUCAAGAGAGCUCGCGCGCUUACCGAUGAUCCCGUGAGAAAGGUGUCGGUGGAAUUCGCUUUCGCACGGCGGCGUAGGAGUGCGGGAUAAAGCGCCGCCGAAUUGCAACGUGCAAUAUCGUGCCAGUGGCAAAUCGCGAGCAAUUCGCGUCCCACAAAAUUCGACAUUGAUAGCAUCGGCUACCGCUGCUGCUGCUGCUGCUGCUGCUGCUGCUUCUCUCGAUCGUUCGACUAGAUUACACGCGACCACGACGUUACUGUAUUCUGAGCGUUCAAUCGAGAUACGACAAUGACGAGACCGUAUCGUCGAUAUCUCGUCACGUUACUGUUGCUGUUGCAAACCAUCUCGAGGUACGGUCAGGUGGUUGCCGCGGAAUCGACGCACGCGACCGAUCUGUCGCCGUCGUCCGCGUCCGUACCGUCCGGUCUCUCCGGUCCGGAUUACACUGGACCAUCCGCGGGUUCGGACGAGUGCGAUCCUGAGAUGGUUGGCUUCGAGCUUGUAACCGGCUACGUGUACACCGCGCCUACGAACAUGCUCGAGUCCAUACCGGGCACGUUGAUGCUUACCGACUGCCUCGAGACCUGUCAGGCAAACGACUCCUGCCAGGCGGUCAACUACGAGACGGGCCUUUGCGUCCUAUUCAGCUCUAACGCCGACAGCAAUCCAGGCGCACUGUCGCAAUCUCAGUUCCCCGUGUUUACGAUCUAUGCCCAGAAAAGUUGUCUGGCAGUGAAGCCCUGCGAACGAGCUUGGUGCAUCGAUAGAGUGCAGGGACACCGCCUUCAGGGUCACGCACGCAGAACCAUGACCGCCUCCUCGAGGCAGCAUUGCCUCGAGCUCUGCCUGGGCGAACGAGACUUCCUGUGCCGAUCCGCUAAUUAUAUCAAUGCUACCAAGCAGUGCGAACUUUCGGAUAUGGACAGGCUGACGGUUGCGGGCUCGAAUGCCUUCCAGGCAGCGAAGGGUGUGGAUUAUUUGGAAAACCACUGCGUGGAAGAGCCAGUGAAACUUUGCGAAUUUAAGAAACUAACCGGCCGUAUAUUAAAGACUGUGGACUCCGUCUAUCAAGAUGUCAGCACGUCCGAUGAAUGCCGCGAAUUGUGUCUGAAUUCGCCAUUCCGUUGCCACUCUUAUGAUUACGGUGACACCGGUGAUAUGGUCUGCCGUCUUAGUCAUCAUUCCCGUGCCACUCUCUCUGACAUUCAGGAACCGUAUCUCGAUGUACCGGAAGCGGCCACGUACGAACUGAGCUCCUGUUACAACGUGACCAUCGAUUGUCGCGCUGGCGAUAUGGUGACCAGAAUUCAGACCAGUAAGCUCUUCUACGGUAAGGUGUAUGCGAAGGGCUCGCCCAACUCGUGCGUGCAGGACAUCAAGGGUGCGCUCGAGUUUGAACUUCGCAUGGCGUACGACGAUCUCGAGUGUAACAUAAGGCAGCAGGGUCUCGGCCGGUAUUUGAACGACGUGAUCAUUCAACAUCACGACACCAUUGUCACCAGUUCCGAUCUCGGAUUGGCUGUGACUUGCCAAUAUGACCUCACUAACAAAACCGUGUCGAAUGAAGUCGAUCUCGGCGUACACGGCGACAUCACGCCCGCUCUGUCGGAGGAAGUGAUCGUCGACUCGCCGAACGUCGCCAUGAAGAUUACUGAUCGCAGUGGAAACGAGGCCAUCCCAUCGGCUGAAGUCGGCGAUCCUUUGGCACUCAAAUUCGAAAUUCUCGAUCCUCACAGUCCGUACGAAAUCUUCGUCCGCGAGCUAGUCGCUAUGGAUGGCGUCGACUCUAGUGAGAUUGUUUUGAUUGAUUCGGACGGCUGCCCCACUGAUCAUGUCAUCAUGGGACCACUCUACAAAUCGGCUACCACUGGCAAGAUACUGCUGUCGCACUUUGACGCCUUCAAGUUCCCGAGUUCAGAAGUGGUGCAGUUCCGCGCUCUGGUCACUCCGUGCAUGCCGACUUGCGAACCCGUGCAGUGCGACCAGGAGGAAACGACCGGUGAACUACGAUCGGUUAUCUCCUUCGGCAGACGCCGACGACGUCGUCGCUCCACUGCUGUUGGCACCCAAAGUCGCGAGGACCUCCUCCUGGUGCAAUCCAUCCAAAUUACGGACAAGUUUGGCUUCGAGCGCGAUGGUAAGUUACCGAACGUCACUUCCGCGACGAGGGACACCGUCUUCGUCGAGAGUGAAGACAUAUCGUCGUCGAUGGGAAUGUGCAUCAAUCUGGGUGAGGCUAUUGUAGCUGGCACCGUCUUCCUCGUCGCCCAGAUUGCCAUCAUAGCGGCAUGGACCUUCACCUGGCAACGACGCCGACAAAUGCUGAAACAUCAGGAGGCUUUAUCGGUCUCCGUUUCCGUACCCGGAAUGCAUUCCAUGCCCGGGCGCACUGACAGUCUUUGUAAAUUGUAUGACGGCGGAUACUCCGCGCGUCGUUUCUGAACGACUUCUCCCAUCAGCUCCCACGGCAAUAUCGUCAAUCUCGUCUUCCUGCGUAAAUCGCUAUUAACGAAUCUUUGGCUGACUUCACAUGGACGUGAGUUCUCAAACCGGUGCGUGCCGCGAAGAGGAUCGUGCGCAUAUCACGAUUCUCGAAGCGAUCGACAAAAGUAAUACUCUCACGCGGCUAUCUCUUUAAUAUCCCUUUCUAUUCGGAAUUCGGAUGGACGCUACUUCGUACUAUAUCAAACUUCUACGAGUGUACCGCAUUGCGAGGUUGCAGCCAAUAUACGUAGCUUUUAGUAGAGCAUGCCUUUUACCACCCACGCUUACCUUGUAGUCGGGUGGAAGCUUUGCAGAGGCGUUCUACUAAUUCUAAUUAGAUUCGGUUAGAUGGGCAGAUCGCAGAGUUGAACGUAUCAGGAUAGAAGGACGUUCGUUAGCUACAACCAGAAACAGAAAAAAAAAAUAAUAAUCACUGCCCAUCUCUGCGAAUGUUCUUGUAUCCACAUUACCGUAGAUAUUAUCACAGACAUAUCUUCUUUUUCGUCCCAAACUUCCUUUCCUCGCAGCUGGCAACGUAAGGAAACCGAUCGACUUCGCCGUAUCAUUUAAUUGAAGUUGCUUCUGACUUUAUCCUACCGGUUAAAGUUAAUUAUACACUCGUGCAUGCACACGUGCUAAUAAUGCCGGUGGAUUACUGAACAGAAUAAUUAGGCACAAUUACGCUUCAUUACUUGCUACAUCUGUCGCUUAUUGAAGGCACAAAUAUCAGUGUCUCCAACACUUCUCGCCAAGGCCGCAACGAAUUGUAUGUAUCAGUAAUUUCGUCUUUCUGUCUCUCGGGUGGUCGCUUAUUUCGUGGAAGAAGAUUGCAAUUACGAUCCGUAACCUGGCAACCUUUAAUUAGCGUAACGUUCAAUGUCCAAGUGACCUUCAUGCGUGCGUACAUUAUCAACGAAAAUCGACGCCGUCUAAGGGAACGUUUUUAGAAGCUGACUUGGGAUGAUAAACAGAAAAAAAAGGGGAAGAUCUCUCGUAACAUCGCGUCAACACUUAAUCCGUAUCUGAUCAGAAACGCAUACCGAGUAUCACACGCUUCACGCCGGGGCUAAAUCGAUUUCUUACUUUGUUCCGGGAUAAAAGUGGCCACACCACUUCCGCCGGUAAGUAGUUGAUAAUGUAACGACUGCAAAAAUUUAGCCGCGAAGAGAGUAAUCGAUUUUGCGCGCGAGUUCGGUCGGUUUCUUGCGCCCACAUACAUCGCCACGCCGCAGCCACCGCCGUGCCCUUUUCCCCUUCGCUUUGCCCUGCCCUCACAAGCUGCUUUUACGUCCCUUUUUUUUUCUCAAGGUGACGUGACGCGAUGUGAGACACGUCUACACGCUGUGACUCUGUAGGGUGAUGGAGGUUGAUGCGUAUUUGCUACAGCUAGGCUACCGGCAUGGAUUCUAAUUAGCAUUGGGAAUUGUGCAUGAUUAUGCAGACGUGUAGGAUAUCAAUGUUACGGGGCGGCGAGGAGCUAGAGCGGCGGAUUAAAUACGGGGAUGAAAGAGGGAGAAGGGAUUGAGACGGAACGAGAAACAUAGGUAGGACCAGAACGCGGUGAGCUCGGUGAAGAGGUAAAAGGUACGUGCGCAAAGGGGUUGGCGCAGGGUUAAUUGCCUCUUGUGGCGUCUCGGGUUAAGCUAAGCUUGCGGGGGUUGAAUCUAGCUUCGAGAGUAAAGGGAGAGAGGGAGAGAGAGAGAGAGAGAGAGAGAGAGAGAGAGAGAGAGAGAGAGACAGAGAGACAGGUAAUACAGGAUCACAUCGAGGAUAGCUAUCUCUCCAUACUAGAAUCACGUAACCUCGACCCCUUCCGACGUAACCUUAGUCAUGUCCCUUAUCCUUAGCCAUCCCAUAGCGGCCAGGUUAAUUUACAUUGCGACACGUGAGCUUAUCAAUCUGGAUUGGCGUAUUCGAUUGCAAGAGGCAAUAAAAAAUUGAUUGAUAUGAUAAAAAGAACCUGUUUCGUAUUGGUUAUGUAAGCAAUAAAAUAUUACGUUCCAUCGAUCUGGAAUUUCAUCGUCGGACAUCUUGAGAAAAAUUCUAAAGGACAAAGCCACAUCGGUAAUGUCAAACACAGAAAAAUUCAGUUUGCAGCAGUCAUUGUAUAUUUUCUACAUGAAUAAAAAGUGUUUGUCAAAUUCAUAUUGCACAACAAGCAAAGAAACAGAAAGGAACAAAAAACCAGUUUUUACAAAUAAAAGAUCAAAAUAUUUUAUAAUUUAUAUACACAAUAAAUUAUUGCGAGAGCGUAGUAAAAAUAAAUAAUCUACAUCUUAAUUUAUAGUAUUUUAUAACGGAAUGCUGUUUGGCAUAAUAAUUGGAAUUGACUAUAUUUCAUCAGACAUAGCUCACGCGAUUCAGAUUUCAUUUUACUUUAUAGAACCAAGGAAAAAGAAGACAGAGAAAAAAGAUUGAUAUCAGAGGGUAUAAUACGGUACAACAUCGAGAAAUACAAAUCGGUUAACUGUGCCAGCAGUAUCUUAUCGAUUUCACUACAGUACACAAAGCGAACUC